UUUCGGAAGAGUACAAAGGCCACGUUGUUGAGGGCCUGUCGAACUUGAACUUGACGGGAAACGGAAUACCCGGAAGGUCGAUGAAUUAGGGAAGAAGGUCGGCUGACACCGUAUAAAAUCAGCUAAUCAAAUUGAUUGACCUGCUGAUCUUGAAUGGGUUCCUACCAGCUGAUGACUCGAGCAAAAAAAAAAGAAAAAAAAAGAUAUUCCCCUGGAAUCAUACAAAAAAAAACAGUCGCUUUCCUGACUUGCAGCAGUUGAACCAAGCCGGAUCGGGCUCGCUCAACUCACAACACAAGUUCAGUCAACGAAUAGAAGAGAAUGUAAAGGAUUUUUUUUUUGUCUAUUGUGAUGGUGCCAAACAUGGCGCAAAUACUGGGAAGCAGUCUGGAAGCAGCAGUGUUUGUUGUUACUGCGAAAAAGAGAUAGCAAACAGGGUUUAUAAUUUCCGACAACCCCGAAAUUCCCAAAAUAGUUGAAGCUGUCGACGAAUGAAUGUUGGAGUCAUGUACUGCAGUGACAGAUUGUGAUCGAUCCGUCAACUUGAUGAGAGGAAGAGUUUGAAAGAAGCACCGAUCAGAACUCUCCCGCGCAAUUUGCCGAGGAAGAUACCUCGUUUUCUUCGUUUUUCCUACUUUUAUAAAUAUGUUUACAAUGAUCUCAUAUGGCUAAGUAUCAUCAUUAUUUAACAGUGAGUAAUGUAUGAAUUGAUACGGUCGAUUGGAUCAGAAGAAACCUCGCCAGUUCGGUAGUAUACUUGUAUUGUUAACCGUUCGGCAAUUCAAUCUUCAGAUUUGAAAACGUGGAUUUAAAACCUCAACUAUUUCUUUGUUCGCAUCACCUUUUCUUAUCGGAAUGCUUUUGCCUUUUCUACAAAGCAAUAUUGUCGACUUUUGCAAGCAAGAAUUCGAUCUUCUUGCAUGCAUUGACACAACAUCGUCAUGCGCUGGCUCUAUGAUUGUUAACGUAGCCAGUUUCUACCCCGUCCUGCGUAGGUGGAGGCUUAACCAAACGUCAAUAUCUAUGAUCAUCACUCACACCAAGAAGCCGUAUUAUCAUCAAUCGGCUCAUCUUUUUUACGCUCGACCAUCACUCAAACUCCAUCUGAAGUGCCCGCAACAACAAAGAUAUUGCAUCGCAUCCAUUCGGCAUGGGAAAGUUUCUUUUUGAAGUGAACUAAACUAGGACGAUCGCUUGCCGAGGGUGGAAUGCGAGCUCAAUUCGUUGAUUUAAUAUGCAGACAGAUAUUGAUAUAAUUUCACAUUUGUAGCCUUGACGCCAGUGUCCUACUGAUAAGGUCUGGUCCGUUCCUGCCGAGUCCGGGCCAAAGUUUAUCACCCCCGUACAGGGGUAGGAGACAGAACCAAGGAGGGUGCCAUCUUACAGUCUUAUCUCUGUUUUCAUUGCUCAUUGACAAGAAAUAUUCCCAUCACUUGAGGAUGACAGCACGACUUUGAAACAUUGUUUCAUCUUGGAUGUAAUCGUGGAGAUAAUCAUCUUAAGAGGUUGGAAUAUAGCGCGUACCUUGGAGUUUGGACAUACGAAAGAAUAUUAUACUAAUGGUGGAGGAGGAUGAGUAUUUCAUCUCCGUUUAUAGCUGCUUGAAAAGACUCCUCAUCUUUCAUUCGACGACACUCGGGUCUGCUCCCAUUGUCUUGAGUUAACGCGCACCUUCAACACCACUACCUCUUUGCAAAGAUGCUUAAUGUAUUGUACUGCUUACAAAGGAGAGUUUCAUCCUUAAAAAGGAUAUUUUCUUAGUUCUUUUCAUCUUCCAGUUACUGCUCUCGUUUUCGUUUUGGGGCUGUGGAGUUGUUCGAUUGGUGCAGAAGCUGUAACCAACAUGGCUUGCUUCGCCAUAACGUAUUCUGUUACUUUCAUUGUGAUCCUGUUAUACCGCUUGUGGUGUGUAGGAGCUGUGUUCAACAGCAAAAGGACUUUGACCCGAGUGGAAGAAACCUUGCUUCAGGAGUACCGGAUGCAGGUCGCGCGGAAACUAACGACAAUUGAAUCGAGCCGGGACUUCCUCCGCAUCUUCGUGGCCAACAACGAGAUCGAGCCGACGUUCGUUUCCAUGGUCAACAAGACGGUUCAGAAGAAGAAGAAAGGAAGGUUCUUCGCGCAAGGCGUUGCUAUCCAUUUUAAUGAAGAAAUCAGCAAUCAAGCCAUGGAAGCUUGGAUAAGGCACGGUGAUUCGGUAGGUUGUUUCGAGCCUCAGCCUCAGAUGUUGGACAUGUUUGAAGAACUUGGAAUAUCUCGCGGAAUAGGGACGUACAUCUACCCGAGCUGUACCUGGGUGAGACGUUGUGGAGGUAGCGGGUGCUGUACCAGCGAUUUACAGGAGUGCGCAAGCGUUCCCGGGACGAGAACCAACGUAACAAAGCCGUUUGUAAUGAUAGCAGAAAAUGGUUUUGAUGAAGGAUUACAAGUUACUACCGAAAGUCAAUUUCUGAAUUAUACCCUCUAUGAAGACACGGCCUGUGCUUGUAAAAACCGGCCUGAAGGGGAACUCCCAUGCUCACACGUCACUUGCCCAUCGAACCAAGGCUUUAGUGUGGCUACCUGUGGGUGCAAGUGUCUCAAGGAUUGUCCGGGCCCUUACAUCCAGGAUCCAGACACUUGUCAAUGCGACUGUCGACCUGGAGACAAGCAAUGUCUUAAAGUCAUGCGAGGGAAAAGAGCGUUACCUGCGGCUGAUUGCCUCUGUGUUGGGCAUGGCUGCGAGAAACCGAAAUGCAGACGACACUGGGGUUUCUCAAUCGCUAGUUGCAGGUGUGAAGAAAGAGCGCCACCUACCGUCUGGGCUCGGAUGUACAAGAUCAACAACGAGGUUCCCGUACCCGUCGAGACCCAGACCAACGAAGAACCAACCAACGAAUAUGCUUCAGGAAUGACGCCGCCUCUCACGUCUGCCGAAACAACAACCAUCGUCACACCUCUAAUUCUAGAAGAAGGCGACGAUAAUGACGAAGAAGAAGAUGAAGGCACAACUGAAAGAGGUUCAUCAUCGUCUUCGUCCACUGACGAAAUUUUGACAGAGGACCCCGACCCAUACGACCCUUUGGUUCGAGUUCCAGUUGCUCCAGAACAAAGAUACGCCGGUGGACGUCAAUACCAACAUCAGGUGCAGCAUGAAACAAGGACAAUUGGAUCAAGAUCAUACAACCAUACAAGUGCCUCCAGAGGAAGUACUGUCUUUGAGGAAUCAUCCAGGCGAGGAAUUCGCAUCGGACAGGAUCCCGAGGACACGACAUCGGUUAAUGACACAACCGAGACGGCGACGUCGGCGACGACGACGACGACGCGUCAGGACUCGUAUGCACAUCGUCGAGGGCGGUUUCUUGGACGCGUUGGUUUAGAGGAUGAUGAGGAUGAGGUCGUAACCGAACUAGGAGAAGUUGGAAGUGGGUCGGUACCAAUGGAUGAUGAUGAUUAAAGUAGGACCUGAAAAUCACUCUGCGGCCAAGAACCGAUUUAUGCUAAAAGCUGGACCUCCAAAUCACAUUAUGAAGUUCAUGGUAAUUUGAAAACUAUUUGUGAGCUGUUGCAGACAUUGACAUUUCGAGAAUGUUCGAAAAGGUGACUUUUACGAGAGUGGACGCGAAAACAAGCAAAACGAAUGGUAUUCUUGAGGAACUAAAUGCAGGCAUCUUUGUAAAUCCAUUCAAUGAACAUUGCUGCAUAGUUAUUAUAUUUCAUAGUAUUGUUUAUUUUUGUGAGACGUGGAAACUAGACUGUUAAUUUGUAUGAUACCUUUAAUAUAGGCUGCUGCAUGAUUGUUGUAAUACUGCAAUUAUUUUUUGUUGGUUUUCGUUUUUAAUGUAAUUUCGCAUAACUACAUAUUCGUUGUAAGUGACACACAGCCCCAGACUACUGUUGAUCAUUAUUGAUCAACAUUGAAUGAUAUUGAAUAAAGUAAUAUUUUAUCCCCCGUUGACAUUUAUGCUAUUUCUUAACCCCUUUAAAAAUACAUUUACUGUUGAUUUUAUUGGGUGGCGAUAAAUACAUUUAUUAACUCGUUCUUUUUUUUUCAUUCGCCUGGUCAUUCAUUACCCCCGGGCAUUCACCCCAUUAAUAUUAUUAAUCGAUCAAUGAAUUAACUCUUUCUUUCUUUUUUUUUCUUUUUUCUUUUUUCAUUCUUCUUUUUUUUCUUUCAUUCUUUCUUUUAUUCAUCCAUUCAUUAUAUACGUUUGUUCAUUCAUAUAAUACUUCUGAUAUUGUUUGAAUAUUAUUUCGAGAAUAAUUCAUUGUAACAAGGAUAUACGCAUGAUUCUUUUUGUUUCAUCGGGGCAAACAGAAUAAGUUUUGUAUAAUAUCGCACAUAAUAAUCAGUGGCUCAAUGAGCCAAAAUUUUGAGGGGGCUAGAUAUGGCGCAUUGCGCAAAUUUUUCGAUAUUUUUAAAACAAAAAAUCAAAUUUUGUGAUAGAUUUUGACAAUAGAAAUAUUCCGAAGAUAUAAGUAGAUAUUUCACCCUUCUCUCUGUCCUUGUUUUCCUUUUCUCUGUUUUUUUUUUCGUGAUUUUUUUUUAAUGCCCCCCUUCCCAAAUCUGUACGUCACUGAUAAUUAUGUCCAUGUACUUAUAGAAGUAGGGAGCGAAACAGGUUUGUUGAUUACAGACUUGUUACUUUGUUGUAUUUGGAAUAUGAAUUCAUUCAAAUUUAAGGAUCUGAUGUACUUUGAAAAGGUGAAUUUGACGAUUUCGGGGAGAGGGAAGGCGAUAUUCCGUUUUUUGUUUGUUUGUUUUUUUCUUUAUUUUUUGUUCAAGAUAUGUUGGAAUUUGAAUUAUGUAUUUUAACGUGAAAAAUGACAAGCACAGGCUUAUAUUUGACACUUUGAGCAAUAACAGGUCUAGAGUGAAGACUAGACGCCAAAGACUCUGUGUCAAGAGCAAGCCACAGUACAUAUAGUGAAUCUAUAGUCUCACUACUUCAGACUCUGCAUGAUGCACUAUGCGAAUUACGAAAACCAAGGGGCUGUGCUUGCACAAUAGUACUUUAUCAUGCUAGUAUGCUUUCUAUCUUAAAUUUCUUUAUAAUUACGAUUAUGAACGGUCGUUGUAAUAAUCUAUAGAGCCCAGCGGAUUCUUGCCCGAUCUAAAGAUUUGCAUUUUUUUUUUACUCCAACCAUGCAUGACUACACUAGUUAAAAAAAAAAUAUUUUGAGUUUGAAUCAUGAAUUUUACUGCCUCUUAAGGACGUUCCACAGUUAAAGUGAAAUCCAUGUCAUUUUCACCAAACUUUGCACUUAGAUACUUUAGAACCUUAAUAUUCGAAAUAUGCAAAAAUUAACAUAGGUCCAUGUGCUUAAUUUUUUGCUAUAGAGCUUCAAAGUUCACCCAAAUUGAUGUUCUUAAGAAUUGCGCAUUCAAAAGAAUUUGGCAUUUUUAGACCUCGCAAGAAUACUACAAUGAGUUUAAACCUCUAUUACUCAGUCAAAAUACAUGAAAAAGUCUUCAAAUUUCGCAAGAGAGUUAAUAAUUGUAUCGUUAGAAUAGAGAAUCUAAUUAUUGUGCUAUUUUUUUGCAACUUUAAGUCUAACAGCACAGUCAGUUCUUAAAAAUGGCGUAAAAGAUAACAAAAACCCAAUCUCAAAAAUGUGAAAUUUCAAUAACAGACUACAAAAGUACAAUAAAUGCUGCACUUUAUUCAAAAUCCAUGUCAUUUUCACCUAAAUUUGCAAAGUUGUAGAGGGAUCUAUACUUAAGAGGUACAAACAUUAAAAAAUAGGGGUUCAUGUGCUUGUUUUCAAACUAUUAGCAUUUUUAUAUGUGCAAACGUGCUUUUUAAAACACCAAAAAUGCGCCAAAUGCUUUGUAUCUAUGUGAAGAAAAAUCAAAACCACUCUACCAUUUAUUCAAACUCGGGGUCAUAUUCGUGAUUCUUGGCAGUACUGCAGAGUAAAGUAUUUUGAAAUUGUAGAGAUAUUUUUUUAAAUGGUCCAUGGAAUAAUUCCAUUUUUUUAGCUUCAUAAAAUAACGCAUCGGAUGUGCAGUUAGGAUGCAGAUGAUGAGAAAAAUCAGCUCAUACCCACAGCUAAUUAAUCACCUGUUCAUCCAUUGUGACGUCAGCGCACGGAGUGUUAAAUAUGCGCAGAUCAUAAUGCGCACAAACAUAACUGUGGAACGUCCUUAAGUUAGGGGAAUGAAUCCUUUGGAACAAGUUGGCUUUUGUAAAAACAGAAAAAUUAAAGAAUAAGAUCAAAGCAAGUUUGAGGAAAAUCGGACAAAUAAUAAGAAAGUUAUGAGCAUUUGAAUAUUGCGAUUACUAAUGCUAUAUGGAGAUCCUCCCAUUAGCAAUGGAACAAAUAUUUGUGAUGUCACAUGUAAACAACUUUUCCAUUGAUGGACUAUAAAAUACCCCGAGAAAUUUUGCUCUUUCUUAAAGGACAAGUCCACCCAAACAAAAAGUUGGUUUGAAUUAAAAGAGAAAAAUCCAACAAGCACAACACUGAAAAUUUUAUCAAAAUCGGAUCUAAAAUAAGAAAGUUAUGACAUUUUAAAGUUUCGCCUAAUUUCACAAAACAGUUAUAUGCACAUCCUGGUGGGUAUGCAAAUGAGGAGACUGAUGACGUCAUCCACUCACUAUUUCUUUUGUAUUUCACUAUAUGAUAUAUGAAAUAUUCUAAUUUUCUCCUCAUUGUCAAGUGAAACAAUGAUUAAUUCCUCCCUGAACAUGUGAAAUUAGCAUUGUUUUAAUCCUAUAUGGUUCAGUCAAGUUUCUCCUCAUUGUCAAAUCUAAAAAAAAUGAAAUAUUGUAUAAUUCAAACAAUAAAAAACAAAAGAAAUUGUGAGUGAUGGACAUCAUCGACUCUGUCAUUUGCAUGUCACUGAGUUGUGCAUAUCACUGUUUUGUGAAAAAUAGCGAAACUUUAAAAAAUACCAUAACUUUCUUAUUUUACAUCCGAUUUUGAUAAAAUUGUCCGUGUUAUGCUAGUUUGAUUUUUUUCUAUUUAUUCAAAUCAACAUUUUUCUGGGGUGGACUUGACCGUAAUAUUUUUGAAAAUCUGCAUUACAUGCCCUCCUAUAGAAAGAAUACAUGAUCUACUGAUAGAUGAGAUAAAAGAGGCAGUUUACAUGGUUUAUAUGAAAUAUACAGAAAAGUUGUUCACAUGUGACAUCACCCUAGAUAUACAGUGCGUAUCAAAAAAAGUUUACACUUUGAAAAAGCCCUGGGAAUUAAAAAUAUACAACAUGUGGGUAUUUUUUUCACAUAUAAUCUUGGGUUUGGGUCUCAUCUAUCCAAUGAAAGUAAAAGUUUUGACAGAAUGAUACACCUGAGUGA